UUCCGGAUCUCCAAGGAAACCAUCGCGGACGACCAAAACAAAUGCCAACCCCCAGACGGUCAGAAUAAUUCUAAGAAAGCAAAUGUUUUAAAGGUAAUUUUUAUAAUAAACUAAGGAAAAAUGACCACAAAUGAGCAGCAAACACCGGAGCAAACUAGAAGCGAAACAGAUGCAGUUCCUCCACCGCCACCCACAGCGGCCGGCAGACCCCGACCUCCAACAUCACAGCUUUUUUCGCGAGGAAAUCUAAUCAGUAGUCGGACUGGAGGUGACAAAACUGCCUUGGCCCGGCCUUCGACAGCGGUGAGAGCCGUGGGCUAUGCGGCCAAUAACAGUGGCUCUGCUGGCCAAAGAUUCGACCAAUUUUUCCUCGAAAAGGCCAAACAACAAACCCUUUCGUCGGCCAACGCAGCUGUAGAUGCAGCCAAGGAAGUCAAUCCUCAAAUCAAAUACAAGAAUCUGGAAGCCAAGAUUGUAAAGCUUCUAGAAUCCUCAAUUGUGUUAUCCUGGCAAAGUUCUGCCACUCGAUCAAGUGUUGAGGUUAGUCCUGAUUCGAAGUCCUCACUGACAGAGGCUUUAAACAAAGCCAAGGAAGCGUUCUCCUUGGAUCGAACAUUGCACCGAUUUCGGGAUCAACAAGGAGAAAAUGUUUACCACAACUUUGAUUUAACUUAUGCGGUAUUUUUCAAUCUGGCCGAGCAAUAUGAACGAAACGACCUGCACAUCGAGGCCCUCAACACCUACAGCAUUAUGACCAAAAACAAAAUGUUUCCGCAGGUCAACCAGCUGAAGAUCAACAUGGGAAACAUUUACUACAAGAUGGGGAUCUACCAAAAGGCAGUCAAGAUGUAUCGCAUGGCCCUUGACUCGGUCCCGAAGACAUUGAGUCAAUUGCGCUUGAAGAUCACCGAAAAUAUCGGAGUACUGUUCGUCCGCAUGGGCUCCUAUUCGGAUGCCGCCUCCAGCUUUGAGUUCAUCAUGUCGGAGCGGGGUGACAUCAAGAGUGGCAUCCAUCUGGUGCUCUGCUACUACGCCCUGGGAGAUGUGGAGAAGAUCAAGACGGCCUUUCGCAGCCUGUGCGAUGUCCAGGCCGGGGAAACGGAGACCGAUCUGGACAGUGAAAGUCAAAUCCUGAAACUUCAACAGCAGGCUGGAAAUGCGGCAGGGGUUCAGGAUCUGCAAAAGUCCUUGGAUCGGGAGGAUAAUGGUGGCGCUGAUGUGGCAGUUAUCGAUGCCGAGGGUGGGGGCACCUACGAGAAGGUCCAGGAGACCGUCAAGACCUCAGCCAAGGAGAAACAGCGGUAUGUGCUCCAAGCUAUCAAGACGGACGAACUGGCCUUGUACACCAAAAAUAGAAGGAAUGCGGAGAAAAGAUCCAUUACAAUGAUUGUUGAUUUGAUUUCGCCGAUAAUCGAGGAGAACUAUAAUGAUGGCUACAAUUGGUGCAUUGAGAUCAUCAAGACCUCAAAUCUGGCCUGGUUGGCCAACGAACUGGAGCUCAACAAGGCCCUGGUCUAUUUGCGCCAAAACGAUGUGACCCAGGCCAUCGAAACCCUGCAGAUGUACGACCGCAAAAGCGAAGGAUCUAUGACAGCCAGUGCCCUGACCAAUCUUAGUUUCAUCUACAUAAGUUUGGGCAACCUGGAGAUGGCCACUCACUGCCUCAACCAGCUGCAGGAGAUUGGAGCCCUGGAGACUAGUCCAAUGGCACUGAUCAAUGCCAGCAUUGUGGAUUUGAAGAAACAGAACCUCAGCUCUGCCCGAGAUCGAUUGGAGCGGGCUUUGGAGCUCCAGCCGACCAACUUUGAGGCCAACUACAAUCUAGGGUUGGUGGCUUUGGCCCAGCAGGACUUUGAGCUGGCCGAGGAGCGAUUUGAGCUGCUGAAGGCUCAGUUGAUGGUGCCACAUUCCGUGCAACAUAGCCAUGUCUUUUAUCAGUUGGCCAAGUUACAAGAACGUCGCCUAGGAGUUGGAUUUAAGGCAAGUGCCUCUCCAGGAGCAGCCUUACAAGCGUACCUCCAGGUUCUGGGCAUAUCCGCUGCGGAUAUCGAUUCCCGGCUUUUCGAAAAGGUAGGAUCUCUUUACGAACAAAUCCAGGAUCACCAGGAGGCGAAUCAAUACUACAAUGAGGCUUAUCGCAUCAACAUGAGCGACAUUAGCAUUGCCAGCUCCAUCGGCUCCUACUACAUAAAGCUCCAGGCCACGGAGAAGGCGCUCUACUACUACGAACGAGCUGUGCUGGCCGAUCCCAAUGACCCGAACCUGAUGUUACGCAUCGCCAGUUGUUUCCGUAACUCGUAUUUGCCACCCAAGCAGUAUCUGGGAAUGUUCCAAAAAAUAUAUGCCCGCUUCCCGGAGAACCUAACUUGUGUGCGGGCCCUGAUGCAGGUGACCAAGUCCCUGGGCCUGACCGAUCUCCACGAGCGGUAUGCCAAUGACUAUGCCCGUCUCCACAAGCAGCAGCAGGAACGUCAGAACGAACAGCGUUAUCAGCAGCAGCGUCUCUCCUCAGCCACAUCCUCCAGUAGCCGGAUGAGGGUUCGUCCAUCGAAUGAGGAACGGUUCCAGGAGAACAGCGACUUGUCCAAGAGCAUGACAUAUACGCAAAGUCCUGCAACGUAUUCCGUUCAACAGUUUGAUCCUUUGGGACCUCCGGCGGAACGUCCUCGAACAGGCAUGUACCGAGGUCAAAAGAGCAGAGACGACUCCGACGAUGAUGCAGAAAUGAACGCCGAGAGCCUGUUGCCCAUCUAGAAUCUGAAGUUAUUAUAUUUUAUGAAAAUAUUAAAAAAUAAACUUUAAAUAAAGAAACUUUUAGUUUUUAAUAUUAUCUUUAUUACGCUUUUAAGGCCAAUAAUACAUAAAUCGUUUUUCUUCUGAUAUAAUUAGGUUUGGAAUUUAAAAUGAUGACCGUUCUAUUGAAAAUUUGACCAUUUCGUAUAGUCAAUAUUUGCUUAAAGUACGUAAUUAACCAUCCUUAUCAGCCAAAGCGUCGAGUUUCUCGCCCGUUUUCACCUUUCUCGAAUGACACGCUAAUUACAUUACGUGAUUGAUUUAUUUGAGUAAAAUAUUAUGUGCUUCUAUUACAAGUUUAAAAUUUUGGGCUCCUCAUUGGUAAUUUUUAAGAGAAAGGUUUCAGAGUGACAGACACGACGGAGUAAUCUAAUUUCAAUGUACAGUACAGAGUUUCAGACAGUUACAAAUACAUAAACAGAGUUUCAGAUCAUACUUCUUCUGAUAUAUCAUCGACUAUUGUUUCCCCGCCCCAUUGUUUUUUAGACCUGCUCUUUCCAGCGCGUUUUCUGCUGAUACAUAAGAAAACGAAUAAUAACUCCUACAAAUCAAAUGGUACAAAACAAAA